ACUCUCUCCUCUCCUUUCUUCUCUCUUUUAUUUACUCUUUUCAGUAUCAUAUAAAGAUUGAAUUCUGAUAUAUUACAUAUUUUCGGUUGAUUGAUUGAUUGUUCCUGAUUUAUUAAGCGGCCCUUGCGUAGUUGCAUAUCGUGUUGAUGAUUGCCCGAUUUUUCUCUAGUUUCUGAUCAAUUUGUUAUGCUUCAUCCUCCAUGCUAGGGGUCGUAUCUUUCAAUUUGUAGAUUAAUGGCAAGUUUCUGGACUGAUUCACAAGUUUUUGUAAUCUUCAAAGAGAGGAGACAUUGGCAUCUAAUUCAGCUCCCUUAAGAUGUGUUAGAAUAAAGAUGGGCAAUGGCAGUUGCAGAAGUCAGAGCUGCAUGGCAAAGAACAGCUAAUCAUUGUUUUGUACAAGUAGAUGCAAAAAGAGCUCCCAAGUUAGCUUGCUGCCAAUCAUCUUCAUUAUCAAAACAGAUUGAUGGGGGUCGAUGAAUGCAGCAGACAUGCCAGAUAAUCCUGCUUUAGGUCCCUCGCCUCUCCAUAGGAAUAUCUCAUAUUCCAGUCUAUCCCCUGAUACAAGAUGGUGGCUUCAGCUUCAACCUAGCUAUGGGUACCAAAAAGGUUUAGCAUAUGAGCAACUAAAUGCCUUGGAGGCUGAGAUGGAAAGCCUGAGAGCUGAAAUUGUAAAUUCACCCUCUAAAAUUGAUGAGGUUCCGCCACAUGAUGACAGACACAGCAGAGAUUUUGAUGGCAACACGAGUACUGAGUCUUCCUUUGAUGCACAUUGUAGGAUCUCUGCUGAUAGAAUGUCUAAAGAUCCUGAAGUUAAUAAUCAAGAGGUAAAUGUUUUAUAUGAUAAGAAUGCCCAAGAAUUUACUGCACUUAAGGACACAAGUGAUAACUCCAAAUGGAUAGGUAUAGAUCCUGUUGAAUGCGUCCAACCCCAGAAGAGCAAUGAUUAUUGUUUUGAUCCGGAAACAUUUUGGAUUCGGGGUGAAAAGAAUGUGCCGUGGUGGCGCACAACAAAUAAAGAUGACUUAGCCUCCUUGCUCACACAGAAAUCUAUUGAUUAUUUUGGGAAUUGCGACCUCCCUCCACCUCAGAUGCUGCAUUUUAGGAGAUCCCCAUGUGGCUGUCCUGGAUCUUCUGAUCAUGAUGAUGCAAUACCCUCAUCUUUGGGUUGGAAGGCACAAAGUGAAAGACAGAGGGCUUCAACUGGAGGGCACUUACAAAGUGGUUCUGAAAAGCCAGUCAGUUAUAUCACAUCCCAUAAAGAUACAACAGAAAUUGGACCAAUUGCUGAGGGAGAUCUGUCAAAGGUUCUGCUCCUGGAAGCACUUCGCCAUUCUCAAACACGAGCCAGGGAAGCUGAGAAGGUGGCAAAGGAAGCCUAUGUUGAACAGGAACACGUAAUUAAACUCUUCCUUAGACAAGCUUCUCUGCUGUUUGCCUAUAAGCAGUGGUUCCAAAUGCUGCAGCUUGAAACCCUUCACUACCAGGUGAAGAACGGUAACCAGCCAAUGUUCCUGUAGUUAUUCCAUGGGUGCCUCUCCAGGGCAGGGAGCUGCAGAGGAGAUGGCAAAAGUUUACAAGGGGAAAACGAGGGAAGCAUGAUCGACCAACUCAUGACAUUAGCAAGUAUGCUGUUGCAUUUGCACUGGGUUUGAGUCUUAUUGGUGCUGGCUUGCUACUGGAAUGGACUGUAGGCUGGAUGAUGCCUAUAUGAAAUUUCCUCGAAAUUUCCUGUAUUCCAAAAUUUAUUUAUGAGGAAGGUGAUUGGACUAAAUUUUUUUCUUCGUGUAUUUGUGUAUUCUUUUUAGAUGUAUUAGGUUUUUUAAAAGAAUUUAUUUACAGUGUGGAUAUUCUGCGUUGUUG